AUGUAUGUCCUCUCACUCUACUUCAUUUUCUUGAUCAACGUUCUUCCUCAGAUUAUUGCUCAAGCGACUCCCAAUACAGCAAAACCGAUUUGGAUACUUACAUUGUUCAUAAGAGGCACCUCAAUUAUUUAUCAAGAUGAUCAACUUGGUGACCUCUUUGCCCUUGGAGCUGGCCAUGUGAACCCAUUGAAGGCAGAUGAGCCUGGUCUGAUCUAUGACAUCCACUCUGCAGAUUAUAUUGGGCAAAUUCAACCUAUUAUUCAAAGAUCACUCCUCCGGGGGGUCCAUGUAGCCAUGAAGCCUCCCAAGUUACACUUCACAAAGGUGGGCCAGAAUGUGAAAUACGCUUCGACAUUUAUUCGUACCAACAAACCCAUAUUACACCACCAGUUUGCUCAAGGAUAUAUGUUAUGGGUUUCUCCUAAUCACAACAUCACAAGUCCCAUUGUGCAGUUCGACUGA